AUGAUCGAGAAACUGAAAAAGACACCAGUUGAUGUUGUCGGUGACUACUUGGAGCGUCUCGUUUUCCAUUUGAUGGAAGUUUUGAAACGGCGCUUUUCGACUGCGCUUCAAACUAUGGAGCUACAAUAUAUCCUGACAGUUCCCGCCGUCUGGUCAGACAAAGCCAAAGAUGCCACCAUGCGAGCGGCCCACUUGGCGAAGAUUCCACCAUCUGCCUUGAUCCUGCUGUCUGAGCCGGAGGCGGCAGCAGUGUAUGCCAUACACACCGUUCAACCAAAUUCACUCAAGCUAAACGACUGCUUGAUCGUCUGCGAUGCGGGGGGUGGAACUGUCGACAUCAUCACCUACCGCAUCGCUCAAACCGAGCCUUUGAGAUUUUCAGAGGUCACCGAAGGCACCGGUGCCGUUUGUGGGUCCGCUCUACUUGAUGACGCCUUUCAGGACCUCUUGGAGACCGAGUACAAGAAAACGUACAAGCGGCCAAUUCCCAAAGCCACCAUGAAGGCAGCCAGACAGUACUGGCAGGACUACAUCAAGCCCACGUUCAGGGGCCCUAUUGACGAUGAUGACUUCGAAGAAACACCAUAUCAGGUACCACUCCCGGGUGGAGCAAGCCAUUCGGGGACUCGCGGGUUCAACGCAGGAUUCUGGUACAUGGAGCCUGAGCAAGUGAAAGGACUUUUCGAUCCAAUUGUGAACCAGAUUGAAGAUCUCAUCGCCGAGCAGUGGAUGCGAAUCAAGGACAAGAAUUUGUCAAGCAAGGCUAUCGUAUUGGUUGGAGGACUAGGGUCGUCAGAAUAUCUUUUCCGUUGCCUUAAGAGCACCUUCGAUGGAAUCGAGGUGAUGCAACCAAAGAAUGCAUGGUCUGCGGUGGUUCGUGGCGCGGUCCAACGUGGUCAAGAGGGGAACCAAGUUGACAAUCGCAUUGCACGUUGCAGUUAUGGCGUUGAGAUGAUUGUAGAAGCAACACUAGCAGACCGUCAAAAAGGAGUCAACAUCGGAUGGUGCCCGCUUGAUGAGUACUAUUACCGGAGUGGUGUCAUGCAAUGGUAUAUCACCAAGGGAGAGGCGCUGAGCGCCGACAAUCCUGUCUCGUUUUCCUUUUGUCGCGCGAUAUCAAAAAGCCAUCUUGCCCGUGGGAUUGUUUUCCACGAACGGCUAGAUUUUAGCCAAACCGAAAAGGCCCCCAAAUAUGCAGAUAAGAGCAUCUCGAAGCUCUGUGAGGUUGAAGCGGAUCUGAGCAGGAUUCCACCUGUUCUGUUUGAAGAAAGGAAAAACUCGAAGGGUGAAACCUAUUAUCGGGUCCAAUUUGAGCUGGUGCUGAUUCCUGCCUCUGCCACUCUGGUGUUUGAGUUGCAUUUCAACGGGGUUUCCUACGGAAUGGUACGAUCUCGAUAUUAA